AUGGCCAAAUUUCCAUCGUCAAUCUUCCGCCUGCCGCCGCCGUCGUCUCCACCUUCGUCCGGCGAAGCUUCUGAAGCAGAGGGCAUUGCAGACGGCAAAAAGCUUUGUGCCCAAAACAUUCUCCUAAUUUCCCUUCCCGAUGAUCUGCUCCUGAAGAUCCUGUUGAACCUCUCUGCUCAAGACAUUUAUUACGCGGCAAGUCGUGUCUGCCGGAGGCUAUACUACCGCACGAUCCGAUCCGAGGAAUUCAUAAACCUCCACCUCCGGCAGCAAACUGAGGAUUACGGCCUCUUGUUCGGAUUCACUAAUAAUGAUCAACAUUACUCCCAACGCACGGUUUUUGUGUCUAUGAAACAAGGACGUGUCACGGUAUCCGACUUCUACUACGCUUCCAAAUCGAGAUUUAUAUUUAACAGUAGCUGCAAUGGCCUCAUCCCUGAGUUUGAUUUUUGGAAACCCCAUUCUGGCGUCUACUUGGCCAACCCUGUGACGGGACAAGCCUUAGGACUCCCUCCGCUCCCGAAAAAUGCAAAGUUCAUGUGUUGUUGCUUGGGGUAUGCGGAGGCCUCAAAGGCGUACAAGGUGGCCUUGGUAUACAGUGAUAUUGAUAGUGGAAGGGCCAUGCGGUGGGCCAUAUUGACCGUGGGUGUCGAUAGUUGGUGGAGGCAUCUUCCAACCCACCACUAUUCGACGGGCUCUACCCUCAGCCAACUGUUGGUGACGGAGGGUUUUAUUCAUUUUAUUUCUGGGGACAUUGUCCGGACGCUGAAUGUGGAGACAGAGGUUAUGACCGAGACGCUGGCCCCAUUCCCCGUGUAUCCUCCCAACGGGUGGUACCUGUCAACGGGGAAGUCCCUCACUCUAGUGGUUAAUGUUGAGGAUGGCGUGUUUCGAGUUUGGGAGAUGGUGUCUGGGGAUAAUUGCUAUUAUUGGAGGAAAUGGCAACAUCAGAUUGUGUUGGGAAGUGAAAUUCAAGACAAUAAAGAUUUGAUUGGUACUUGGCCGGUCGGUUGGUUGCAGCAGAUGGAGGUGUUGGUGUUUAAAGUAAGGUCCAAAAACUGGGCAAGUCUCGUCUGCCGGAGGUUGUACUACCACACGAUCCGCUCCGAAGAAUUCGUAAACCUCCACCUCCGGCAGCAAAAUGACGAAUACGGCUUAUUAUUCAAAUUCAUUAAUGUUGAUCAACAUUCCUCCCAACGCAAGGUUUUUGUGUCUAUGAAACAGGGACGUGUGACAAUAUCCGAUUACUACUGCACUUACAUAUCCAGGUUCAACAGUGGUAGCUGCAACGGCCUCAUCCCGGAGUACAAUUGUCGGGAACCCUCGUCUGGCAUCCUCGUGGUCAACCCCGUCACGGGACGAGCCUUCCGACUCCCUCCGCUCCCCGCAAACGCAGACUAUAUGCAUUGUUGUGUGGGUUACGCUGAGGCCUCCAAGGCUUACAAGGUGGUCGUGGCAUACUCUGAUGGGGGAAUUAAACCUCAUGUGAGGCGGGCCAUAUUGACCGUGGGUGUCGACAAGUCAUGGAGGCAUCUUGCAACCGACCAUUUGACAAUGUGUAACCUCAUCGGCGAACCGCUGGUCACGGAAGGUUUUACUCAUUCGAUUUUUGGGGACGCUGUCCUGACGCUGAAUGUGGAGAUAGAGGUUAUGACCAAGACGCUGACCCCAGUCCCGGAUCCUCCCCAAAUGUGCUGGUGGUUCCUGUCAACGGGGAAGUCCCUCACUGCAUUGGUUGAAGUUGAUGAUUGCGGGUUUCGAGUUUGGGAGAUGUUGUCUGGGGAUUAUGAUUAUUAUUGGAGGGAAUGGGAACGUCAGAUUGUGGUGGGAAGUCAGAGGAUAAGGGAAAUUCGAGAGCUUUGCGGGGAUAAAGAUUUGAUUUAUAUUUCUCCGAUUGGCUGGUUGCAGCACAUGGAGGUGUUGGUGUUUGAAGGAUGGUCCAAAAACAAGGUUGUCUACGUUUUCUACAUGGUUAUUGCUACUGGGGAAAUAGGAUGGAUUGCCCCCGUAUCAUCAAGUGAGGAGAAAGGGGAAUCUUAUACAAGUAUUGGUCCAUUUUUACCUCACAAGAACACCCUUGUGCAGUUGGAGGGUUACUAUUAA